UUAUCACUUCUUAUGUACCUAUUUACCCUCAGAUGAAAUACUUGUUCCAAAACCUGCAUACUACUGAAAACCAAACGGUUAGCUUAAGGGAUGAUGAUAAUCCAAAUCUAUAUUAUUCGCCACCUUGUACACGAGUUAGACGAUGUGGUGGUUGUUGUGGUAACAAUUUAGUUUCCUGUCAGCCAACCGAAGUAGAAAUACUCAAAUUCGAGGUUACUAUUCUUCAAUAUAAUGAAACAUUAACUUUUAAAGAAAAAAAAAUUAUCAGUGUAGAGCAGCAUGUGAAGUGUAAAUGUGAUUGUACAAGAGAUUGUUAAGACUCACAAGUUUAUGAUGCCAGAGAAUGUCGAUGUCUUUGUAAUAAUCUAGAAAACCAAAACAAAUGUGACGAAGAAUCAGAUACAAAAAUGUGGAACUCUGAAAUUUGUUCAUGUCAGUGUAUUGAAGAGAAGGAAUGCACAACAGGAUCCAAAUUCAAUUACAAUACAUGCAAGCAAUGUAAUUCAAUAGUUGAAUGAAGUUGACUGAGGAUUAUUGAACUCUAUAAAGAAAAAAACAUUAAAACGU